GUGGGGAAAUGUCGUAGCUUUAAGUACAGCUAGUAAAACUACUCCCAUCUCAUAACGCAACAUGCUAACGUAGCUGCGGAGCUAACUAGGAUAACAACAACACCAAGUUCACGUUUGUUCCUUUAACUGUGUUUAUUUUAAACGACUGUGUGGUAUAUGGUCCACAUUGUAAAUUUUAUGUUCAGUUUUCCACGGACUGUUUAUUAAUAAUAUAUUUAAGGAAGACGUUUGUGGUUAAGUUUAGCCAGAAAAGAACUUAGUUUUGCCAAUUUAGACUAGUUAGCCAGCUAACCACAGCUACACGCUAACUUCAGCUUUCUACGGCGCCGACGAUAACGAGAUGUCCAGAGCUUGUGCAAGGCACUGACUGAUGGACUGGUCACCAGUUUGUGAACUCAGAACACAUCUGCCAAGAUGCCUGCAGUAUCUACCGGGGUCAAAGAGUUGUAUUUGUCUACAUCUCUAGGUGACCUCAACAAAAAAGCUGAAAUAAAGCCAGACAAGUCGAGCACCAGAAGCUAUGUUCAGAGUGCAUGCAAACUCUUCAAGGCGGCAGAGGAGUGUCGUCUGGACAGGGAUGAGGAGAAAGCUUAUGUGUUGUACAUGAAGUAUUUAACGGUAUAUGACAUCAUCAAGAAAAGACCAGACUUCAAGCAGCAACCGGAGUAUUACAUAACUAUGCUUGGACCAACCAGUUUUAAGAAAGCCAUUGAAGAAGCUGAAAAGCUGUCUGAAAGCCUUAAACUUAGGUAUGAGGAAGUCGAGGUUAGAAAAAAACUAGAGGAGAAGGAGAAAUUGGAGGAGAAAAAGAAACGGGAGCAAGUGACAAAGAAAGAUGGUGGCCGUGAAUCUCCAAAACCUUCAUCCAUAAACAAGAAGGACUGCAAAAAGGUUAAAGGAGAGCAGAAUGAACUGAAGAGUGUCAUCACAAAAGCUGCACAGCCAGCAGGUGGGAUCACAGCUGAGAAACUUUUCAGCAUGAUGAAGGACCAGACGAUCUCAGUAACUGUCAUGGACGCCCGCUGCCACAGAGACUAUGAGGAGUCUCACAUCCAGGUCCCGGGCCAGACCUGCAUUAGUGUGCCUGAGGAAGCCAUUACUCCAGGAAUCACUGUGAAUCUGAUUGAGGCAAAAAUGCCCGAAGGGUCCACGGAUCAUUGGAGGCGGCGGGGAUUUGUAGACUACGUAAUCCUGCUCGACUGGUUUAGUUCAGUCUCUGACCUCAAGCUUGGCACCACCUUACAGAGUUUAAAAGAUGCCCUCUUUAAGUGGGACAGUGUCACCUUACUGCGUAGUGAGCCGCUGGUGCUGGAGGGGGGCUAUGAGAACUGGCUGCUGUUUUACCCCAUGUACACAACCAACGCUAAAGUUCGACCCCCGAGACAGACCGUUUCCAACAACCUCCCUCAGUUAAACUUUAGCUACCCAUCCUUAGAGGAGCCAAAGCUUCCGACUCCAGUUCAACCUGAGCCUGAAGUUUCACCUGAGCCUCCAGAACCAUCAGCUCCUGUGCUGGUGAACGGGGUCACUCCUGCUGAGCCUCCAAUGUCCAAAACAUCCGUGGUUGCUGACAGGUUUCCAGACACAGCUGAUGUCUCCAUCACAGGCUCUACAAAUUCAGGGCUAGACCAAAGUAAGGAUUCUGCCUUACACCAGUCACCUGCAGCAGCCAGAGCGUUCCCACAGUUUGACCGUACCAAAAAACCAUCUGUCCCGGUGUCAGAUCAAACUAAGUCCGGUCAGAACAAACCUGCAAAAGAUCCCACUCAGAAUGGUCCGGUUGUCCCCGACCGCGCUGUAAAACCGGCCUUUACCCCCAACGCUGCUCUGUCUAAAGAUGAACAGAAACAAAUCCACACCGAGGCGGUGGCAGUGAUGGAGAAGGCCAAACAGGAGCAGGAAAAACGCAACCAGGAGCGCCGCUUAGAGGAGGAGAGGCGAGAAAGGGAGCAGAAGGAGAUGAGAGAGAGGCUUGAGAGGGAGGAAAGUGAAAAGAGGAAGAAGGACGAUGAAGAAAAGAAACAGGAGAAGAAGAAACUUGAAAGGCAGAAAGCUGAAGAAAAGGAAGAUAAAGAGAACAAGGUUUGGGAUGAGAGGGAGAGACGAGGAAAAGAAACAAACUCCGACACGCCUUCAAAGAGCAUGUCUCUGGAUUCACCGCUUCCCAACCACAUUGUUAGUGAAAUAAAGAGGGAGCCUCUGACCAGAACGAGGAGUGAGGAAAUGGGUAGGAGUGUUCCAGGGCUUCCAGUCGGUUGGAUGAAGUUUCUUGACACCGUGACUGGUACCUACAGAUACUAUCACUCACCAACCAACCGGGUCCACCUUUACCCCCCUGAGGUCACCGUUCCUCAGACGCCACCCUCGACACCGCCAACGGUCAAGCCAAAGCCACAGCCUCCCGCGGAGGUCGACACCAACCACGAACAAGAUCGAGAACAGUCCAAUCUCAAACGCUCUUACUCCUCCCCAGACAUCAGCCAGGACUUGAGAGAGGAGGCCCAGAAGAAGGUCACAGCUCCGAUUCCUGCUGCUGUCAUACCCAACAUCAACAGAGAAACCAAACCUUCUGUCUCUAAGGUUCAUUCUAAAGCGGAGAUCGUGUGGCCUACUGCGGCUAAAAUUCGUAACCUGAAUCCUACGUUUGGAGGUUUGGGUGCUUUGCUAACUGGCCUUCGUAACCUUGGCAACACCUGUUACAUGAACUCCAUUUUACAAUGUCUCUGCAACACUCCAAAGAUGGCUGAAUACUUCAACAACAAUUACUACCUCGAGGACAUUAACAGGUCCAACAUUCUGGGCCAUAAAGGGGAGGUUGCAGAUGAGUUUGGUGUGAUCAUGAAGGCCCUGUGGGCCGGACUGUACAAGUGCAUCAGUCCACGGGACUUCAAGAGCACCAUCAGCAAAAUCAAUGAUCAGUUUGCAGGCUAUGACCAGCAGGACUCUCAGGAGCUGCUGCUGUUCCUCAUGGAUGGGCUCCAUGAAGAUCUGAACAAGGCUGACAACAGGAAGCGGUACAAGGAGGAGGAAAAUGACCACCUGGAUGACCAAACUGCAGCUGACCUGGCCUGGAGCAAACACAAGAUGCUGAAUGAAUCCAUUAUUGUAGCGCUGUUCCAGGGGCAGUUUAAAUCCACGGUGCAAUGUCUGACCUGCCAUCGCAAGUCACGGACGUUUGAGACCUUCAUGUACCUGUCGCUGCCUCUGGCCUCUACCAGCAAGUGCUCCCUGCAGGAUUGUCUGAGGUUAUUCUCCAAAGAAGAGAAGCUCACUGACAACAACAAGGUGUUCUGCAGACACUGCAAAGUUCACAGAGAUUCCACCAAGAAACUGGAGAUCUGGAAGGUUCCCCCCAUCCUUCUGGUGCACCUGAAACGGUUCUCUUAUGAAGGUAGAUGGAAACAAAAGCUACAGACUUCUGUUGACUUCCCACUAGAUGGUCUGGACCUGAUGCAGUAUGUUAUUGGACCCAAGCAGAACCUGAAGAGAUACAACCUUUAUGGAGUUUCUAAUCACUAUGGAGGCUUAGAUGGUGGCCAUUACACAGCAUACUGUAAGAACAUCCACAAACAGCGCUGGUACAAGUUUGAUGACCACGAAGUGUUUGAAAUCUCCUCCUCUUCGGUCAAGUCCUCUGCAGCCUACAUCCUGUUUUACUCCACCCUGUGACGCUGCUGCAGGACAUCAAGGGGGAAACUACAUUAGAGUAGUCAUGCUCUAACUUGGAGGCCAUUUUCUUUUCAAAUAGCUCUGAGGAGCCUGGUGCACAUAGUUGAGGGUGAAGUGGUCACAUAUGUGCAAGAGAGGACAGUGGCUUUGAGAUCCUGACAGGAGAACGUCGGAGGCACGCUGUGUACUGCUUCAGCUACUAGAGGAGCCUUUAGCUGUUCAAACAUGCUGUCUGUGCACAUUACUGACCAACCAGAGACUAAACAGAUGCUCAUGUUAGUCUGACCUUUUUACUAGAGCUGUGCUUUAGGGCUGAUUCAGAUCAUCUUCACUCUCAUUUCUCUAGUACGCAGCGUAGACAGCAGAACUGAUCUUCAGCUUCCUUGUACUGCUGUUACACAUGAACAUGCACGUUUUUAAUGCUGAAGUGGCACAUUCAAACGUUUGGUGUAAAUACACAACAGCGAAUUCUGUUUGGUGACCAAAUCUCUCUUUUUUUUUUUUAACCGUAGCAACCGCCAUGAUAUCACUAUAUAAAUUUAACUGAAUCACAUUUGUUUUGAGGGUUUAACUGUAAUGACUGAUAUAAGAGUAAUGGGAGAAACUGUGAGUGAUUUUUUUUCUAACAGAUUUCAGACUUUUGCUAGUUCCUAUUAACAUCCUUCUUACACAGAGUAUGCAGUCAGUUUUAGGUUGUAGAGCGGGUUGUUAAGCAGCAGACCUUUAUCUUCUUCUCAGAAUGCUUUAAACAGAUACCAGACAUGGGCUGGUUGUCUACCUGCUCCUUUAAACUUUAUUCUCAGUUAGGUGGAUGUUACUUUUUCAAAUAUCAAACUCAAACACUAUUAAAAAAACUGGGAAAAGUUAAGUUUGAGAUUCACUUAUUUUGAUUUUCCUCCAACCUGAUGGAUUUGUUGUGUAAUGAGCUGGAAAAAAUGAAGACAUUUUGUUCUGCUGAGCGAUUCUGUGUCGACGCUCGAUGCCUGCCAGGCUAACUCACAGACACGACUUCUGAACGGACCAGAGAUGCGAAGGUGCAGGAUCUGACCACUUCCUGGAUCAACUUCUCUUGCCUAGCAUGACAUUAUAAUCCUUUUUCUUUUUUAUUUGUACAUUUGUUUUAUUUCCUAAUGCUCUACAAAAAUUGUUUCAAAUAUAACGAAUAUAUAACCUCAAACAACUCAUGACUAUUUAUUAAAACUACUACAAAUUCA